GCGUGGCCGCGUCAGCGUUUCUAGAACGUUGCUGUGGUAGCGCUCGGGCGCCAUGUUAGGACGAAGGGGAAGGAGGAGAAGCGCUUAAAGCGGCGGGAGCCGGUGCGGGAGUGGGGUUGGACCCAGGGCUGAGGCAGGCCCCCCCUCCCUCCCGCCUCAGUGGAUCAUGCCCAGGGCGGCAGCGGCGGCGGUUGCGGGGGGGAAGUGACUGGGCGGUGCCGGCGCAGGAGACGAUGCCGUUUCCAGUUACAACGCAGGGAUCACAACAAACACAGCCGCCACAGAAGCACUAUGGCAUUACUUCUCCUAUCAGCUUAGCAGCCCCCAAGGAGACUGACUGCAUACUUACACAGAAACUAAUUGAGACUCUGAAGCCCUUUGGGGUUUUUGAAGAGGAAGAGGAACUGCAGCGCAGGAUUUUAAUUUUGGGAAAAUUAAAUAACCUGGUAAAAGAAUGGAUACGCGAAAUCAGUGAAAGCAAGAAUCUUCCACAAUCUGUAAUUGAAAAUGUUGGAGGAAAAAUUUUUACAUUUGGAUCUUACAGAUUAGGAGUACAUACAAAAGGUGCCGAUAUUGAUGCCUUGUGUGUUGCACCAAGACAUGUUGAUCGAAGUGACUUUUUCACCUCAUUCUAUGAUAAGUUGAAAUUACAGGAAGAAGUAAAAGAUUUAAGAGCUGUUGAAGAGGCAUUUGUACCAGUUAUCAAACUUUGUUUUGAUGGAAUAGAGAUUGAUAUUUUGUUUGCAAGAUUAGCACUGCAGACUAUUCCAGAAGAUUUGGACCUACGAGAUGACAGUCUGCUUAAAAAUUUAGAUAUAAGAUGCAUAAGAAGUCUUAACGGUUGCAGGGUAACCGAUGAAAUUUUACAUCUAGUACCAAACAUUGACAACUUCAGGUUAACUCUGAGAGCUAUCAAACUGUGGGCCAAACGCCACAACAUCUAUUCCAAUAUAUUAGGUUUCCUCGGUGGUGUUUCCUGGGCUAUGCUAGUAGCAAGAACUUGCCAGCUUUAUCCAAAUGCAAUAGCAUCAACUCUUGUACAUAAAUUUUUCUUGGUAUUUUCUAAAUGGGAAUGGCCAAAUCCAGUGCUAUUGAAACAGCCUGAAGAAUGCAAUCUUAAUUUGCCUGUAUGGGACCCAAGGGUAAACCCCAGUGAUAGGUACCAUCUUAUGCCUAUAAUUACACCAGCAUACCCACAACAGAACUCCACGUACAAUGUGUCCGUUUCAACACGGAUGGUCAUGGUUGAGGAGUUUAAACAAGGCUUUAAAUGGGAAGAUGCUUCUAUCCCUGUAGAAACAGCAGAAAACUUUUUAGAGAGGCAUGAAACAAAGUAUAUGGGAAAGUUUUCCUUCUCAGGUCUUGCUAUCACAGAUGAAAUUUUGCUGAGUAAGGCAGAGUGGUCCAAACUUUUUGAAGCUCCAAACUUCUUUCAAAAGUACAAGCAUUAUAUUGUACUUCUAGCAAGUGCACCAACAGAAAAACAACGCCUAGAAUGGGUGGGCUUGGUGGAAUCAAAAAUCCGAAUCCUGGUUGGAAGCUUGGAGAAGAAUGAAUUUAUUACACUGGCUCAUGUGAAUCCCCAGUCAUUUCCAGCACCCAAAGAAAAUCCUGACAAGGAAGAAUUUCGCACAAUGUGGGUGAUUGGAUUAGUGUUUAAAAAAACAGAAAACUCUGAAAACCUCAGUGUUGAUCUCACCUAUGAUAUUCAGUCUUUCACAGAUACAGUUUAUAGGCAAGCAAUAAACAGCAAGAUGUUUGAGGUGGAUAUGAAAAUUGCUGCAAUGCAUGUAAAAAGAAAGCAACUCCAUCAGCUACUACCUAAUCAUGUGCUUCAGAAAAAGAAAAAGCAUUCAACAGAAGGUGUCAGAUUGACAGCUCUGAAUGACAGCAGCCUCGACUUGUCUAUGGACAGUGAUAACAGCAUGUCUGUGCCUUCACCUACUAGUGCUAUGAAGACCAGUCCAUUGAACAGUUCUGGCAGCUCUCAGGGCAGAAACAGUCCUGCUCCAGCUGUAACAGCAGCAUCUGUGACCAACAUACAGGCUACUGAAGUUUCUGUGCCACAAGUAAAUUCCAGUGAAAGCUCAGGGGGUACAUCGAGUGAAAGCAUUCCUCAAACUGCCACACAACCAGCCAUUUCUCCACCACCAAAGCCUACAAUCUCCAGAGUUGUUUCUUCAACACGUCUGGUAAACCCACCACCUAGACCUUCAGGAAAUGCAGCAACAAAAAUACCUAAUCCUAUAGUAGGAGUCAAGAGGACAUCCUCACCUCAUAAAGAAGAGAGUCCCAAGAAAACCAAAACUGAAGAGGAUGAAACAAGCGAAGAUGCUAACUGUCUUGCUUUGAGUGGACAUGAUAAAACAGAAGCAAAGGAACAACUUGAUACAGAGACAAGUACAACUCAAUCAGAAACUAUUCAGACAACGGCUUCUCUGUUGGCCUCUCAGAAAACAUCCAGUACAGACCUUUCUGAUAUCCCUGCUCUCCCUGCAAAUCCUAUUCCUGUUAUCAAGAAUUCAAUAAAACUGAGAUUGAAUCGGUAAAAACAACCUCAGGGGUCCAUAAACAAUAUCUGCCAACUCAACCUGUUGUCUUCAAAUGCUAAAAAAGGAGAAUGGAGGGUACAAGAUUAGACAUGACUGAAAAUGGAUUUAGGUUUUUUUGGUGACCUCCCUUACUGGGCUAAUCAGCACUUGAUCGGAAGUCCAGGUUAGUAUGUGAAGCCAGGAGUACUAUUAUUAUUGUGUUAGCAACAGUUGCAUUAACUAUUUCAAAAAAUUACUGCCUUUAAAAAACAAAAAAAAAAAACCACAAAAAAAACCACAAAAAAAACCUCAAGCUAUAUUUGUAUCCAUAAUUGACAUCUGGAUUGGGUUUAUGUUUGAUGCAUUGUUUGGAAAAUUUGCAAUACAAACCGGCAUAAGAAUUCCUUAUUCUGAUGAUGCACUUUUCUGUAUUUUUUAUUAGAAAGUAGAACUAAUUUUAGAUUUUCAGCUUGAUGGAUUUUCAUUUUUUCCUAAAUAAUUUCUUUUACCAUUAGUCUUCAAAUUGGAUACCAUUGUGCAGUGAUGUACUGUUAUUCUUCAGAGAAAGGAUAAGAGUACAUCUAGUUCAGUCACUAUGAUGUAGCUGUGUCUCUUAAAAAUGGAAUGUAAACUCUAGUGUAUGCAUUUGACAUUGAAAAAUUAAUUAGGAAAUACUUGGUUUUGAUGGGGUCAUGAUUAAGAAAUGAUAUAUUGGUUUUAUUUAUAGAAUUGUUUUAUAGUGCAUACAAAUCAGCGAUCAGCCAGCAAAUAUUUUUCUUUGAGCUUAAAGAGAAAGCUCUGUAUUCUUUUUGCCUUUAAUCUGUUUUCUUCAAAACAAACAAGAAAAGCUUUUUGCACCUCUGUCCCUUUUUCUUUUUCUUUUUGUAUGCACGCGGUAGGACUUACUUCAUGUAAAACAAAAUGCCAGUAUUUUCUUAAGCCAUGAUGUGAAACCAGUGACCCUGUGACCACAUGGCACAGAACACUAAAUUUUGGUCCCAUGGCUGAAACUUUAGGGAAAAGUAAUGCCUGUAAAACAUGAUAUCUAUCUUAAAUGGCCAUUUGAUCUCUAAAUAAGAGGGAUUUUGUACACUCCAUAGAACUCUUGUCUGUAGUAAAAUUGAUUUUCAAUUUUAAACAUGUGGGCAAAAAUGCAUUUUCUCCAAGAUUUUUAAACUAAUUUUUAUUUUUAAAUGGUUCACCAAAAUCUGUCAGUAAAUUUUACAUAUAGAAACAUUUUAAAAAUCAUUUCUAGCAAGUACUUGACAUCUAGUCAGCUGUCUACUCCUUUUUUAUUUUGUUUUAUUGUAUCACAAGAUUAGGAACUUUCAAGAAAAUAAUUUCUCAUAAUUAAGCAGCAGAACAUUCAUCUUUACGACGUAUGAAGGAUGCCAGAUGUUGAUAAACUUAGUUACUCUUUCUUAAUCUGGACAAAGCAAACCUAACAGGUUCUUCGGAUGAGCAUGUUUAAUGAAUCCUCCAUUGUGCUCCAUUCGAUCACAUGUGCAUUUUUCAUGUUAAGUGGCAGUUACUUAAACUCUUCCCCUAUCCUUCUAAAUUAAUUUUUCGAAAUUGGAGUGUAGUCUUUCACCCCUUAGGCUAUGCGUUAAUUGAAGCUUUUUUCCACCAUGACUUUAUAAUGUCUAGUAUACAAUAUUUCUACUUCCCACAUCUUUGCACAGUCACCUUGCCCUAUCUCCCACCACUUAAGAAAAAAAGAUGGUCAUACUAACAGGUGAAGUGUACAAGGUGUCUGUGUGUUUCGUGUAGCUUCAGAGUUAGUUGAAAUUGCCAGGCACAGAUUUAGUCUUGUCAUUUUGUUUACACAUUGGGGAAAGAAAUUCAGUUUAUUAAACGUUUCAUGUAACUGCACCCAAGUUUUGCCAAGCUGGAAACUUGGACCUUUUCUGUGUAGUGACUUUUUAAUUCUAGUUUUCAUAACCUGGAGAUCAGACUGUUGCUUUCGCAUGAUGUACGUAGUGUCUCAUGACUGGAGUUUGCUUUGUUUUAUAGUAUCUGUACUCCUUGUAUUUUUCAAGAGCUAUUUUGUAAACAGAUGAUGUAUUUCUCCAUUGAAAACACAAUAAAAA